AUGAAUGUUUCUGGAAUUCCUCUCGAUGCGACAGUCUCGUCAGUGGUAAGGGAAGAUGGUUGGUCUGUCUCUCGCAGGAGUAGGCACCCUAUUCUUGUUACCCUUCGUGAUGUGCUUCCCGCACAACCUCCUGAUGUUCAUAACAUAGAAGAAGAUUACUACUUGUGGAGAAACGAAGUAAAUGAGCCUCCUUCACCAUUCUUAUUAUCAAGACUAUGGACAUCUCUAUAUCAAGAGCCUCCUCGAGUUUCUUGGUACAAGGCUGUCUGGUUCGGUAAGCAAAUUCCUAAACAUGGAUUCAUCCUUUGGCUAGUCAUGAAAGAGCGUAUGGUAACAAGGGAUCGGAUGAGAAGUUGGGGCCUCGAUGUAGCGGCUGAGUGUUUGCUUUGUGGGCAAAAUGAGGAAUCGACUGAGCACUUAUUCUUUCAGUGUGACUAUUCGUUGACGGUGUUGAGAACUAUGUUCGCAAGGAGUGGUAUUGAUAUCCCAACACAGAUUGCAAUGGUAGUUCCUUGGAUCAUAUCUAUUAGGCUGGAUAGAAAGCUGAAAACUAUCUGCAAACUGCUCAUUCAAGCUGCUGUUUACUUCAUUUGGAAAUAA